AGUAAAGGAGAACAACAGCUGAUUAAAAGCAAGAAAAUGCCGUUGUUUGCGAGUUCAACGCCUUUCGACAAGGAUGUCGAAAAGGCCACUAGUGAGAUGAACACUGCUGAAGACUGGGGAUUGAUCAUGGAUAUUGUUGACCAAGUGAACACAAAGCCAAAUGGUCCAAGGGAUUGUUUGAGGUCUAUAGUGAAGCGUUUAAACCAUAUUGUCCCUAUAGUAUCAAUGCAGGCUUUAACUCUGUUAGAUGCUGCUGUCAACAACUGUGGGCGCCCAUUUCAUUUGGAGAUAUCCUCCAGAGAUUUCAUUUCUGAAUGUCGAACAUUGAUUGGUCAGAAGGCUCAUCCAAAAGUGUCCGAGAAAUUAAAGGGUUUGAUAAAGAAAUGGGCUGAAUCAAAAGAAUUUAAAAAUGAUCCCGCCUUAAGUCUGAUACCAUCAUUUUAUGAUAGUCUGAAAAGUGACGGUCAUGAUUUCCCAGAUUCAGAUGGAGCGCCUAAGAGAACGACAGUCAGCUCCGACCCAAAUGUUGUCAGUAAUCAGCAGGAGGAGGACGAUAUUGCCAAAGCUAUCGCACUGUCACUGCAGGAGUCUGACAAAAAUGCUUCUCAAAAGACAACAUCCCUUUAUCCUACUGGGUACUCUCUACCCUCUGACUCAGCCACAUACGCCAGCAUCAGUAAGCCAAGAGAGGUGAGAAAGGUUCGAGCUCUGUAUGAUUUUGAGGCAGCAGAAGAUAAUGAACUGACCUUCAAAUCAGGAGAGUACAUCAGCGUUACAGAUGACAGCGAUGACAAUUGGUGGAAAGGGUUUAACCAACGAGGAGAAGGUUUGUUCCCUGCAAACUUUGUCACAGCGGACCUUUCUGUGGAACCAGAAGAUUCUAAAGAAAAGAAGAAAGUGCAGUUUAAUGAGGAGGUGGAGGUAAAAUCAGUUGAUGUUCCCCCUGAGGAAGUGGACAUUAAUGAGGAUAAGAUUGACAAGGUAUUGCAGUUGAUACAGAAUGCUGACCCUACAGGAGAAACUCAGCCAGACUCUGAGGAAAUGCUUCGCUUGGAAGAAACCUGUAAAGGAAUGGGUCCACUCAUAGACACAGAAUUAGAGAAGAUUGAUAGGAAGCAUGCAAGCCUGUGUGAGAUCAAUGCCAAGGUGGUUGAUGCGCUACAGAUGUACCAUAACUUGAUGAAGGAGGACCCAAAUCCAUACGCUUCAUUUAAGGGUGGAGUGCCUCCAGGAGCAAUGAAUUUCUCGCACCCAAAUAUGUCUAUGACACAGCCUUUAUCUAGUCAGUCAAUGUACAAUGGCCAACAACAGUACAUGCCGGGACAAGUUCAAAUGCCAAUGCAAAAUCAGAUGCAGAUGCCUCCCCAAGGUCAAGGUCAAAUAUCGCAACAAGGUCAAGGUCAGAUGCCACAGGGUCAAGGACAAAUUCCACAGAUGGUUGUUGGUCCACCAUCACAAGUUUAUGUGCCAUCAAACAGUCAAAGUUUUUCAAAUGUUGCUAGUGGAACGGAGACUUCUGCUUAUACAUCAUCACCUGGUGUCACCACAAAUCCUUCCCAGAGUUCCAUGCAGAAUAUGUCACAAAACGUUCCCCCACAGACGCAGUCUAGCAUUCAGAACAAUUAUCCUGCACCCCCACCCCUCGGGGCACCUGGCGGACCCCAAUUUUACCAACAGGCUCCACAACAGCAACCUCUUCUAUGAGGAAAGAGGGAGAAAACUUUUAGUUUUUUUUUAAAUGAACAAUUUCAUCAUGGUGAUUACUUUUUACCACAAGCUAUUACCUGUGAAUUUAUUGUGUACUAAUGCUGUUUGAAAGAGGUUGUCUUUCAAAGAAGUGAAAUUGAAUUGAAACAAAGAUGAUGAAAAUAUAGAGAAAGAUACAGAAGAUGAAAACUCUGGUGUGUGAGAUAGACAAAUGCAACCUGCACAGUAAGUUUUGUAAGGUCGUUUUAUGAAAGUUCUUCAGAAAAUGGUGACAUGUUCAUCUGACUAGACUCUCACUGUUGAAAAGGAAGCAAUUUAAGGAAAGCUGAUAUUCAGGUCAUUUUUAGAAUGAUAUGGGUACAAAAUGCCAGGAAUACAGUGAUUUCAAAUUUCUUUCCUUAUUUUAAGAGACUUGGAUAGUGAGAUAUGAUAAGAAUUGAUUUUUUUUCAUCAUUUCAUAUUGCUUUAUUUCCUUCAUCAGUGGAUGAAAUCAUUGCCAUAUGUAUGGUUAUUUAAAUAGUUGUUUUAUUGAUAUGUUCAAAAUCCUAACACUUCCAGCUACAUAUAUAACAUCAUUUAAAAAUAAUGUACAUUUGCACCAGUAAGAUACAAUCAAAAUUGAAAUAUUCAGUUAAGCUUUGAAAUUAUGUGAAGGUAUAAAACACAAUUAUUUCAUCAUUUCCUUUCUCUCAAAAUGCGUAAUUCAUAUUUCCCAAGAUAUAUUUGAAAAUAUUGAUAUGUGAUUUUUCCUAGUACAUGUAGUAAUUCAACUUUUUUACAGGUAACAUUUCUGUUAGCUAAUUGGUGCACUAAGUAAUUAUGGGAAUUAUUGCAGCAUAUCUAAAAAUAACUAUUUAUUUCACACCUAGUGUUACCUCUGUUGAAAAUGUGAGACAAAGUGAAGAUAGCUGACAAGCAGGAAUUGUCAUUGAAAUGGAGAUGUGCAAUGUUUCAGGUGUGAAUGAAAUCAUUCUAGUUAUGAUUUAUACAUUUAAUUCAGAAAUUUAUGUUUCCAUUCUAUAUCUUUUCAACAACAUGUGUAGUUGGUUUUCAGUAUUAGAUCCAUAUGUUUUUUUCAUCUCCAUUCCCGUUGUAUUAUAGUGCAGAAAACAGUAAAAAGCGGUCUAAAUUAAUCCCUGAAUAUUCGGACAUCUUAUACUGUUUUACAGUUUGUUGUAUUCUAAAAGGUUUGAAAAUGAGACAAAUUGUGUUGACAAUAUCUUCUUUCCAGCAAGACUUGACACUAUAUUACCCCACCAGGUGUCUGAAUAGAAAGGUUUAUCUGGCAUUGGUUUACUGUAUGCAGGCUUGUCUGGCUAUAUUUGUACUCACAGUAUGUGAACUUGAAGAAUUACUCUGUCAAUGUUUGUCCCUCACGGUGUUGGAUAAGACAAGAUAAUCAGAUAAUUGUCUUACAAGAUCUCAAAAUAGUCAGGUUAAUCUUAUAUUUUGCCCAAGUGUCAUAUUAGACAAGUUAUUUGACAAAAUCCAUGUUGUCUAGGAUGUCAGGUGAGAUGCUGCUAUAGAUGUCCUUAGCAAUAUAAAAAGCAUAAAAUUUCUAAAACAUCUUUCAGAAAUCACAUGAAAUUCCUUUCAUGAAGGAAUUGAUUUUUCACUUGGAUGUUUGUAAAGAUGGUGUUAUUUUUAAACUUAAUGUCUGAAAUGAAAUUGUUUCAUAUGAAGACUUUUUGAAAUUGGAUGAUGCAUGCCUACCAUUUUGUGCAUUACCUGUGUAUAUUGUGCAGAAUUUAGAGGGUAUUUCAGAAUCUCCCAUGAAAUGUUUGGAUACUUAUUCUCUGUCUAGCACAGCGUAAUCAUUUUGGCAGAUAAUUCUUCUGUAUUCAAAUUUACUGUACAAAUUCAGAUUUUGUGAUAGAUGGAACAAAAUUUUCAGUUUUCCAAAAAGUCAAAGCGAAAAGGAUAACUAUUCUUUACGAAAAUAAUGAAACAGGAAAGAGUCUAGUAAUCAUGACAAUCGUUUUUUUUAGUGAGUAAAUAGAUGACAUGCAUCUUUAUGUCACUUAUCAGUACAUCUGUCAUGUUUCCAAUGUUUUCAUGUUCCAAUUUUCACAGAUUAGUAGCUGCCAAUUAGUAGAGAGUUCAGUUGUGUUAGUUUUUACACAGAAAUUGAUCAUCAUCAACUGAUCUUCAUGAUUUCCAUUCCAUGGUAGAAUAAGUCUGUAUGUGUUCUUUUGUUGUUUAUAUAUAGCAACAAGGUACACAAUUUAGGAAGGGUCAAGUAUGUGAUAAUAGGGAAAAAAAAUCAAACAUUUUUUAUAGAUAUUAUAGAAAAACAUUUCAUGUAGAAAAUAAUCCUUUAAGAACUACUUUCACACCUCGUGACUUGAGGUUUUUAUUCUCGGCAGAUAUAGUCCUAUCCAUAGUAGAUCAUUUAUGGUAAGUAUUAUCAGAAAAAACAGUGCUUUAUUUUCUGUCUGAGCUUCUCCAAGAUCUCUCUGGCUUCGUUUGUGUUUCAAUAUUGAUAAUUCAGGUGUUUCACUGUCAUUUGUCCGAGUCUGAAAAGUUUAAGAAUGUACAAUUUGAUGUAUUUUCUGAAUGCAUUUAUAAUAUAUAAAUAUAUCAUUGUCAUAUUGAUACUCGUAUUUAGUUCAUGAACAAAAAAUCAUACAACUGACUCAUCAGUAGACAAAUAUUUUAAUCUUAUUCGAUUUACUGUAAAAUCAUAAAUUUUUGCGAGGCUCAAAUUUUGUGGUUUACCAAAAAUACACAUUUUCAUUGCCUGUUGAUUUUGUGAAUAAAUCUUGCUCUCAAAAUCCACUAGUACUAUACUCCAUGUCAAGUUUAACCUAAUGAUCAUUUUAUGGACAUAGGAAUUUUUAGAUUUAGAGUGCCCAUGAUUUAAACGAAAACAAAUCCCCCAUGAAAUUUUAGAUUUAGAGUGCCCAUGAUUUUAACGGAAACAAAUCCCCCAUGAAAUUUUGGAUUUAGAGUGCCCAUGAUUUAAACGAAAACAAAUCCCCCAUGAAAUUUUAGAUUUAGAGUGCCCAUGAUUUUAACGGAAACAAAUCCCCCUUGAAAUUUUGGAUUUAGAGUGCCCAUGAUUUAAACGAAAACAAAUCCCCCAUGAAAUUUUAGAUUUAGAGUGCCCAUGAUUUUAACGGAAACAAAUCCCCCUUGAAAUUUUGGAUUUAGAGUGCCCAUGAUUUAAACGAAAACAAAUCCCCCAUGAAAUUUUAGAUUUAGAGUGCCCAUGAUUUUAACGGAAACAAAUCCCCCUUGAAAUUUUGGAUUUAGAGUGCCCAUGAUUUAAACGAAAACAAAUCCCCCAUGAAAUUUUAGAUUUAGAGUGUCCAUGAUUUUAACGGAAACAAAUCCCCCUUGAAAUUUUAGAUUUAGAGUGCCCAUGAUUUUAACAGAAACAAAUCCCCCUUGAAAUUUUGGAUUUAGAGUGCCCAUGAUUUAAACGAAAACAAAUCCCCCAUGAAAUUUUAGAUUUAGAGUGCCCAUGAUUUUAACAGAAACAAAUCCCCCUUGAAAUUUUGGAUUUAGAGUGCCCAUGAUUUAAACGAAAACAAAUCCCCCAUGAAAUUUUAGAUUUAGAGUGCCCAUGAUUUUAACAGAAACAAAUCCCCCUUGAAAUUUUGGAUUUAGAGUGCCCAUGAUUGAAACGAAAACAAAUCCCCCAUGAAAUUUUGGAUUUAGAGUGCCCACGAUUUUAAGGAAAAUCAAUCCCUCAUGAAAAUCAAUGAUUUUACAGCGAGUGGUUAAAAAGAUAAAAUUUCGUGUAAAACCGGAAAAUAAUUAUACAUUUCAUGUUGAAUUUCAUACAUCAUGAUAAGUUGUACAGUAUAUGAUUGGUAUAAGUAUGGAAUGGAUGAAUAUGUCAGAUUUCAUUUGCUGUGAUAUGUAUAUUGUAUAAUUGUAAAUGUCUUUACUCUCUGUAUCAGUGGUGUAAUCUGAUCCGUAAUAUUCUGUAUUCAUGUCACUUAUGAUACAGCUAAUCAUUGUAGCAAAACAUUAUAUUACUGUAAAUACAUGUGUUGUUAUAUAUUUUGUUAAUAUGAUAUUGUAAAUUGGAAAAUUUUUAGAGUCAGUUUUUUGUUUUUAGAAGUGGCACAAAUUUUCAAAAAAUUACUAAAAAGCAUGAAAAUAUUUUGUUUUCUUUUGAGUUAAAAAUGCCAGAAUCACAGAUCAAGAGAAAAAAAAUCAAAACGCAAAAUGAGAGGAAAGUGUGUUAUCAAAUUAACUAAAAUAUAGAAUAAUUGUCUGCUGAAAAUUUUCCAGUUUACAGGAUGAUGACUACAAUGAUUUGAUCCGUGAUGUGUAACUUUAUUUAUUAAAAGUAAACUUCAGUUUCUUUAAGGCUUAAAGUAAAGUGAUUAACUAGAUAAUGGGAAUAAAGUAUGUACCCAAAGAUUUUGUCAUUUCGUUCUUUUUAUCCAAAUUCAAAGCUUACAGAGUCAAUGAUGUUGCUUAUAUACUUAAAUUCUCACAGUAGUAAAGUUUCAAUUAUUAAAAAAUCUUAUUAAAUUUAGUAAAGAAAUUUAAAAACUUUUUGUGUUAACUUGGGUCAAUAAUUGAUACUUAGGUGAAUACUAGGUAAUCUGUGUAAGGGUUUUUAUAGUAAACAUGUAUCCCACCUCAGAACUUCGGACCAAAAGUUUUGUUAAGUGGUACCAUCCAUAGAAUUGAAUUGAUGAUUUGUUUAGAAGUAAUAGGCAGGAUACACUGCAAGGAAUAUUUGGAGUUUUGAGGUAAGGGAGAUGUUUUCCUUGAAUAGCCAUAAUGCAGAUUCACAUCUGAACAUUUUUGUCAUUAUGUGGUGACUUGAUACCUAACAGAGCCUUGUACAAUGACUUAUUGUAUGUUGAAGUACUUCACUUGACAGACACAAACUGGUGAUUUCGAUAUAUGGGCACCAUUUUCUCUUACUUUUCAACAGUUAAAAUUAUCUGAUGGAUGUUGACAGUACUCCAGAUUUCCAGACUGCCUUGCAUCAUCACACAAAUCUCAUUGUAAUUUAUUGAAUAUUUAAAUAAUUUUGAAUUUGACAAAUAAAAUAAAAAUAACAUUUAUAAUUGACUACUAGGCCACAGUGGUGGUUUUUGUUGACUAUGAAGAAGCUUUGGAACUUCUUGUCUGUAUGUACAUAGCAGUUAUUUCUCCUUUCGUUGAGAUAAGCCUGAAAAUAGAAAACUUGAAUUGUUCAUAUUCAUAAUGUAUUAAAUCAGAUUUUCAACUAUUCUAAUGCUGCUACAAUGUGUCUACGCUUUUCUCGAUUCUAAUUUCUAUAGAUACUGUACAGUAAUUCUAUUUUUAUCUUGUUUGACAAAGUCACGUAUAUUAUUCGUUGUAUUUAUAACUUACUGUAAUAGUAUGUUUACAGUAUGUUGAUUGAGUGUAAAGUUGAUGUUUCUGACAAUGUAUAUAUAAUGUAUUGUGUGUACAGAUAUAUAUCAACAGCUAAAUCAGAAUCUAUGUAUAUCUAGACAAAUUAAAAAAAUGCGAUCUA